AUGUCGCAAUGUUGUGAAGUGCUUGACAGCUCGGAAUCUGGUUAGAAAUUGCACGUGUAGAAUGGACUUUAUUCCGUUUGGAAACGUCAACAAUAAUCACAAUUUCGCUAAAUACAAGUAACAUAAACAGUGCGCUCAGAAAAUGAAAGAAUUAGUAAAGGAAACACCUGUCCUGCCAAUUAAAGGAAUUGAAGAAUUUGUUCAGGAUGUCCGCCUACGGAAAAUCUUCGGAUCUCUCAAGCUCGCUUCGAAAACACUACAACUGCAGAUGGAUCUCGUAUCGAAAAAAUCAUGGAGCACGGCGGAAGAGCUGCUGACGUUGAUUCGAGACCAGGGUCGUUUUCUGGCCGAAGCCCUUCCGCAUGACAUCGUAGUAGCGAACACCAUCCGUCGUGUAAUGAAAAUCGUGCGCGAAGAGUAUGACUCUUCCCGUGUGGUACACUUUGACGACGGUCAAAGCAUACUUUCACUUCACAAACUUGUAACACAGGCGGCUGAUCCGGAACGGGAUGACUAUUCAAAACCGAUGCCUGGGCUCAAGAACGCACUGAUGGAUCAUUUGUCGGAAAUAGAAACUGAACUGGAAACGACGGGUGACAGUAUAUCUACGCAGGCAGCUGAACACAUUCAUUCGGCGGAACUGAUCAUGACCAUCGGGUAUUCGCGAGCGGUAGAGAAAUUUCUCCGCAAGGCUGCCGAAACUCGUCCUAUCGAGGUGGUUGUGGUGGAGUGUGCACCAGAUUGCAGAGGUCAGCAACUGGCGGCCAAUCUUGGACGGGCAAAGAUCCAAACAACACUCAUAUCCGAUGCGGCAAUCUUCGCGAUCAUGUCCCGCAUCAAUAAGAUCAUCAUCGGUACGCAUUCGGUGCUGGCGAACGGUGGACUGCAGGCGGUUUGUGGAACAUACAGCUUAGCACUGUCUGCGAAACACUUUUCCGUGCCGGUGAUUGUGCUGGCCCCUACGUACAAGCUGACUCCAGUGCACUUGUGCAAUUACGAGCAGGGUGACUUUAAUAUCCUAGGCAACACGGAAGCGGUCCUGCCAUUCAAAAGCUUGGCGGCACGGUUCACAAAAGCGUACAAUCCGCUAUUUGAUUACGUACCACCGGAACUGGUGACGCUCUUCGUAACGAAUAAUGGCUCCAACGCUCCUUCGUAUAUAUACCGUUUGAUUGGGGAACUAUAUCAUCCAGACGAUAACCAACUGUGAAGAACGCCAGCCAGGUAAAUAACGAUGUAACAAGCAAAAUACUGCAAAAGAAUAUACAUAAUGUAACGAAUAGAAAGCUGUUUUACGAACAUGAGAAAGAAGGCAGCUCUAAAUCACUAUUAGGUAAUUAACUUAAACUUUAAAAUUAAUGUUUUUUUAUGCACUUUUUAAAGUGCAUCCGUUCUUUACACGGUUGCAUUUUGCGUGUAGCUAAUACAUGAACCUUGCAUGACUGUUGUAGAGUUCCGUCUUCAAAUGUCAUGAUAUUGUCAAAAUAAAAUAUAAACAAAACAAA